CAAACAUCAGCCAUAUACGCAAUCCUAAGUGUGUGUAGAGGGGCGAAUGUAUAUAUUGCAAACUUGAGUGGACAGUCACUAUUUCCCCUUACAUGUCUUCGUAGCUGGGAACUUACAAAUUCGGGUCUUCUCUUCUACCGGUAGGCUGAGAUAUGCAGCUUCCUGUUACUCAACUCUUAUACCGCUUCUUAAUAACUCUUUCGCAACUUCUGGUUGGUCCCCCCACUCAAAAAUCAACUUUCAGCUGAGUCCCUCGUUACGUCUCAAAAAAACGUACAAUACGAUAUCUCGCCUUGUGGCUAAUUCCAGUCUCGACUCGGUCCUAAGCAUAUAAGAAAGAGUCUAAGUCCGGAAAUACAACAAUAUGGGCGAACUUAAGGAUUUACCACGUUGAGUCUCUCUAAUAUCUUACCUUUUUAAGCAUGACGCGCCAUAGAAUUUCUCGUGCGUCAAGCCAUGGUAUAGAGAAUACCAUCGUCGCUAAUAUUCGUGAAACAAUAGCCAAAUCUCCCUAUACCAUUCGAGAGCAACCUUUGGGAACCACGAAACAUGUCAGAAUCGUAGGUAUUGGGGCAGGGGCCAGCGGCCUCAACAUGAUACGCACUAUUCGAAAGAAUUUGACCAACUACGAACAUGUCAUCUACGAGAAAAACGAAAAAGUGGGAGGAACUUGGUUCGAGAAUCGUUACCCAGGGUGCAGAUGUGAUGUACCAAGUCACAAUUAUCAGUUCUCAUGGCGGCCGAAUCCGGAAUGGUCGAAUUUCUUCUCGCCAGCACCGGAAAUCGAGCGGUAUUUGACCAGCAUAUGUGAAGAAGAGCAUAUGAUGGAUACGAUCAAGACGCGGCAUAGGGUCAUAGGCGCAUGGUGGGACGAAAACCGCGGUCUAUGGGAUAUCAAAGUCCAAAACCUAGAGAAUGGGGAAGAAUUUAGGGAUCAAGCCAACUUCAUCGUCGACGCAUCAGGAAUUUUAAACAACUGGAAAUGGCCGGAUAUUCCAAACAUAAAAGGCUUUCAGGGGGAGUUGGUACAUACUGCAAGCUGGCCUAAGAACUUCGAUUAUACGAACAAGACCGUUGCCGUAAUUGGAAAUGGUUCCUCUGGCAUCCAAUUACUGCCAACAAUCCAACCAGCUGUCAAAAAGCUUGUUCAUUUCGUCCGCACGCCGACAUGGAUUAUCCCCCCGCGGAUAAUGUCAAUGAUGGUAAUGGGAGGCCCAGCCAAGGAAAUCCUCAGCGAGAUAGAACUCGACGAGAAGGAGAACUUCACACCUCGACAAAUAGAGAAGUUCAAGAACGACCCUGCGUUUUACCGUAAAUUCGUCAAAAUUAUGGAGAAGGAUAUGAGUGGGACAUUCCCUAUUGUUUUGAAAGGUGGCCCAGUACAAGCAUUCGCACAAGGCAAAGUCGUCGAGUACAUGACUGCCAUGCUCGGUGGAGACGAGAAGCUUUGUAAAGCUCUAAUUCCCAAUUUCCCCUUGGGAUGCCGAAGAAUAACUCCGGCACCGGGUUACUUAGAAGCUCUCCGAGCACCGAAUACGGAAGCUAUCACGGAGGGAAUCGCCACAGUUGUACCUGAAGGUAUCCAGCUCCUGUCGGGCGAGAUAAUAAAAUUGGACGCCAUCAUCUGCGCCACAGGGUUCGAUAAUUCGUUCGCUCCGCGCUUCCCGAUCGUUGGUCGAUAUGGUAACGUCCAGGACGCCAUGAAAUCGGAGACGCCGAAGGGGUAUAUGUCGUGCGCAUUUGCUGGCGUACCAAACUACUUCACUUUCCUCGGUCCCAACGCCCCCAUCGGACACGGCAGCGUCUUCACCCUCAGCGAGCACAUCGCACGGUACAUAGCGCGCAUAAUAUCCAAAUGUCAAACCGAACACAUAAAAUCCCUCGUCCCCUCCGACGCCGCCGUUGCCGACUACGCACAACACGUAUCCGCCUUCAUGCCGCGCACAGCAUGGGCCUCGUCCUGUAAAUCAUGGUUUAAAGGCGGACGUGAAGAUGGACCCGUAACAGCUCUACAUCCGGGGAGUCGUGUGCAUUUUUUCCAUAUGCUUGAGACGUUUAGGGGUGAGGAUUGGGAGUAUGUGUAUGAUGACGCGAGAGGGAAUCGGUUUGCGUAUUUGGGGAAUGGGUUCUCGACGAGGGAGGUUGGUGAGGGGGAGGAUCAGACGUGGUAUUUGGAUUUGGAGGGGAAGUUGUAGAUACCUACCUACGGGACUGGUGAUAAAUAGGGCCUGGCGUGAGAGGCCUAGUUACAUAUUGAUACGCGAAAGGGUGUAUAUGCUGCUUGUGAUGGUAUUUUAAAAGAAUAUUGAUAUACCCAUCAAUGAAUAAG